AUGGACAUCAUUCUUCAUUUUCCUUGGAAUUAUAUCUUUUAACACUGUAGUCAUUGUAUUAUUACAUAUUGGAGACAGAAAGUCAAGAAUGGGAUUUUUUGUUGCUAAUUUAGCGAUAGCAGAUUUUGCCUUAGGCCUUUUGUAUGUGCUACCAGAUACUUUGUUUAAUCGGUUUAAUAUUCCCUGGAAUCAACAUUUGUGCUAUAUUUCAUAUGUGUAUUUGUCACAAGUUCCUUUUUAUGUGUCAACAUAUGGAAUUGUGGUUAUAUCUAUUGACCGUGCUUAUGUUAUUAUUAAACCAUUGGCAGCUGCAUCUAAAGGAAAACACUAUCGUUAUGGGCUUGCACUGUCAGCAUGGGUUAUUGGCUGCAUUCUAGCGAUACCUUAUGGGGUCCAAGGUAGAUUUAUUAAAACAACAGGAGAGUGCAGACAUGAGUUGCCAAGUUUAGGAUUUGUAUAUUUCGAUUUAUGCACCAUUAUCAUUAUACCAGUCAUUGUAAUAAGUAUUUGUUACAUACUUAUUAUCGUCAAAAUACGGAGGAGAGAGACAUUUGGAAUUAUCAAAGUAAAACACAACCGAACAGGAGUAGAUGUCAACAGAAGUAUUCAGAUAACAGCUAUUUCAAAGGCAAAGAUCAAAACCAUAAAAUUACUGCUGGUAGUUGUUUUUGUAUAUAUAAUUUGUUGGGCACCAAUAACGAUUAAUUCGUUUUUGCUCAAUCUUAAAUACAUUGAAAGCGGAACGUGGAGUAUAGUACUUUAUGUCCUUGCUCCAAUCAACAGCCUUGCUAAUCCAUUGGUAUUUUUGAUUUUUAAUCAAAAGAUGUUCCGAAGGAAGAGCAGAUGAUAUGUAAGAGGAGAUAACAGUAAGGAAUAUCUUAUGUAGUGACCAAUAUACAUGGAAUCGGCUAAAUGCAUACAUGAUAAAGACUUACUAGAAAAAGAAAAAAAAUAUGUAUAUAUCAAGUAGCACUUUGGAGGAGUCAUUAUAGAAAAUUCAAUACAAGAACAUAUGGAAUAGCACGAUAUGAGCAGAUAUUAUAGAAGAAUGUAAACAAGAUUUAAUGAAUUAGCACGA